UGACGGUAGCAGCAAGCUGUCAGAUCUCUCGCUUAUGUGCCGAUCCCUGACCAGUCAGCAUGGCUCGCAGCGGCGCAAGAAGAGCAGGCUGUCUAGUGCGGGAAACGAGGACUCAAAAAAAUCAGGAUCCUUGCAUUCGGCUUUUCACAUGUACUCGCCCUUCAGCUCUAAGGAAAAUCUGGAGGCGGGCGACGAUAUACAGGCAGCACGGCACGGCAUAGUGCGUGAUCAGGACUCGCUGGGUAUUGAUGCGCAGCCCAGCGAUUCAAUUGUCCUGCCCCUCUGCAGUGAAUUAAAUACGAUUAACGCAAUUUUGGAGGAGGAUGGCGAGGGCGUUGAGCACAAAGCGCAUGAAUCUAUCAAAUCGGCUACCAAAGGCCCAACGACCACAUCUACGUACAUCGGUGGCCAAAAGGGCAGAGGGGAUGACAGUGUCAGUGGCAGCGGCAGCGGCGGAAGUAAUCGAAUAAAAAGGAACCUCAAACACACGGGCAGCCUCAUUGUGCGCAAACUAACAGCCUUCAGGCACGGUGGGUCGGAAAAGAAAGGUGCACCUAGGACGAACACAAUAUCAAAGGAGUCACAGGUCCCAUCUGAACAGGCUGAGGAGAAACCAAACACCAAAUCGCAUGUGGAAAUGCUACGCACCACAACACUCUAAAUAUAAUGGAACCGGGUCGUCGUACCACAUGCGAAAUAGAAUUCUAGAUAUGUGAAGAGAUAUGUAGAAUACGCAUCUGUUGUAUGUAUGUUUUGCUAAAAUAUUUGGGUCGGUGCAUGCACAGAAUCUCAAGUAAAUAGUAGUACUCGUACAUGUUAGUAUCCUUCAUCGAUCUAACGGAUUGGAUAAACUACAACAUGCAUAUGUAUGUGCUCGUAUAACAAACGAGCAGACGAGCUCUGUAUCUACACUGACAAUGCAUUAGAACCCACAUAGAUACGCACACAUUUACAUACAAUAACGUAAUUGUUAGGACAACAAAAUACAAGUAUAUAAAUAUAAUCAUGACAAAAGAGAAACAAACACACACACACACACACAAUUCAAUAAAACAAUAAUAAUAAAUAUUAACAAGAACAAAUCAACGCUCUAUAAACUGCAUUUAUGUGUCGAUAUCCAGUAAAAACAAAAAAAGAAUUGCUUGGCAAGAAAGUUAUCAAAGUACACAAUAUACACUGAUAUCCAAA